CUGCCCCAGCCCCAACUCAGAACCCGCUCGAAACAAAGCCACAAAGAUAGACAAACAAUGGCGGCCUCGUGCCACGACGUGGAUGUCCCCGGGAAGCCGACGGAGACGGGCACCGCUCUGCUCGAGACAGCCACGGGCGCCAUCCAGGGGUUCGCCCCGAUCAACCAGAUCCACCAGCACCUGUGCGCGUUCCACUUCUACGGGGACGACAUGACCCGGCAGGUGGAGGCGCACCACUUCUGCGCGCACCUGAACGAGGACAUGCGGCAGUGCCUCAUCUUCGACGGGCCGGACGCCGGGGCGCGGCUCAUCGGGCUCGAGUACAUCGUCAGCGAGGAGCUGUUCCUCACGCUGCCCGACGAGGAGAAGCCGCUGUGGCACACGCACGAGUUCGAGGUGAAGAGCGGCGUGCUCUUCAUGCCCGGGGUGCCCGGCGUCGUCGAGCGCCGGGACCUCGAGAAGGUGGCCAAGACCUACGGCAAGACCAUCCAUUUCUGGCAGGUUGACCGCGGCGACGCUCUCCCGCUCGGCGUCCCCCAGAUCAUGAUGGCCCUCACGCGCGACGGCCAGCUCCGGCAGGAUCUCGCCGAUUGUGUGGAGAAGAAGUACGGCGUGUCGUUCCAGAAGGAGAGGGAGAACAGAGCGUACAUGAGCGGGCCGGCGCACGGCAUCCACCCGCUGGCCAACGCUGCUGGGAAGGGCUUGAAGACGGAUAUCCGCGAGGUCGAUCUUCCAACGGCGAUUGCUGGAGCCAGGAUUUUCACCUGAUGUCGUCCACGACCAGUGUGUCUGUACGUGUGUAUGCGUGACGUGCCGGACGGCCUGCUCGAGAUAGGCUAGUUCAUUACCCCUCUCCAGUACCCUUGUGAAGUGUUGUUAGCUAGUACUCGAUCCUAGUCGUGAAGUGUUUUAAGUGUGAGUUUCGAAAUAAAUGGUAAUGAUGGGAAGCUGUUAGGCAUAUGUAUGUGA